UUCUAGGUGCAACAAAAAAGGAGUUGCUUGUACUUCAUCUUCUGCUUUAACUGUGUGCCCAAGAAUCUCUGGUCUUCAGAGAGUUAUGGGAGACCAGCAGCUCGACUGCGCGUUGGACUUGAUGAGGCGUUUGCCACCUCAACAAGUAGAAAGGAAUUUGAACAAUCUAAUAGAUUUGUGUCCUCGCUUGGUGGAUGACUUGUUGAGUGCGGUUGAUCAACCGUUGAAAAUUGCUCGUGAUAAAGAAACAGGGAAGGAAUACCUCCUUUGUGAUUAUAACAGAGAUAGCGAUAGUUAUCGCUCACCAUGGUCAAAUACCUAUGAUCCACCACUGGAAGACGGUGCUUCGCCAUCAGAUAAGCUUCGUAAGCUAGAAAUUGAAAUGAAUGCUGCAUUCGAGGCUUACAGAGAUGCAUAUUUUGAGGGUGGUGUAUCGUCAGUGUACUUCUGGGAUUUGGACUAUGGUUUUGCAGGCGUUGUCUUAAUCAAAAAAAUCGGAGAUGGUUUGCGUAAUAUACAGGGUUGCUGGGAUUCAAUCCAUGUAAUCGAAAUACAAGAAAAAGCUGGUGGGAGGCACGCACACUACAAACUCACAAGUACAGUGAUGCUUUGGCUACAAAUGACCAAGCAAGCAAGCGGCAUGAUGAAUUUAGGAGGAUCAAUUACGCGACAGGUUGAAGCUGACCAUCCAGUAAACGAUUCUACAAAUACCCAUCUCAUUAAUAUUGGCAAAAUGAUAGAGGACAUGGAGAGUAAAAUUCGAUCAACCUUAAAUGAAGUUUACUUUGGAAAAACUAAGCAGAUUGUUGGUGAAUUACGUACUACACUUGAUGCUGAGGAACUGAAGCGACAGAAGAAAAUUGCAACGGAAAUAAAAGGAGGUAUUGGCAAAUGAAAAAAGAAAAAAGGAUUUAUAGAUUCUACAACACAGCAGUUUCACUGUCUUCUCUAAAAGGACCUCUUUUGUGCACUUCUUUGUUCUUCACGCUUUUCAAAUGUUAAUUUAGGUAGAACGUUUCUCCAAUAAUGUAAAGAUAUUCUUGUAACUGCUAAUUAUAUAUUUUAUGUUAAAUAUCUGAAUUUUCUAUUUAUUCGCUGUAGUGCUUCAUAAUGGCGUAAAUGGACAUGAUUAUAUUUUGAUUUCCUGGAAAGGUUUAUGAUAGUAGCCAUGAAUACUAGUCCACCGACCAGUAAAUGUGUUCAGUGGUUAUUCUGAGAUUUUUGUAAUUCUUAUUUACUAAUUGCUAUAGUUAGGGAUUUUGUUUAUUCGAUUAAUGGUUAUGAGUAUGGAAUUGCUGUGUUGCAACAUUUUAUAAAACUUACAGCUUUUAUUGGACUCAGUUCCUUGUAACUUUUAUUUGCUAUUUUGCUGACAAGUUUGUAUUCCACAGUUUUUCUACAUGCAUUGCAUAAGUUUCUUUUUUAAAAAUCACUCCUAAAUUUCUGGAUUUUUGGUUUUGAUUACUUACACCAAAGACCUAAAUUUCACAUCCUAUUGCCAUGAUUUUACCGUCUGUUUUAAUCGAUUUUCAGUUUGUUAACAUGAAAUUGUGAAGAACGAAUACAUCUGCUCCAUUCAUUUACCAUCUGUUUGUUUCUUUCCUCCUUCAUGUAAAUUUAAAUUAUUGCAAUCUGGUGUUAUAAUCGUUGUUCAUUACGUUUUAUUUUGCUUAAUCUUGCGAAAAUAUAUAUCAGACAUUCGGAAAAGAGUGAUAAACAACAGUGAUCAAGUACGUAAAUGAUGUGG